AUGAGUACUGAAUACCACUAUCCCGUGAUUGGCCGCAAGGGCACUGGAGGCGUGUUUGAUCGCUUCUCUAUCCAGGAGCUGGAGAAGGACCAUCCUUACCAGUUUGCAUUGUUCAUCCUUGCUUUCACCGCGGUCCAGCAGCGUCCCGAGGCUCUCCAAGUUGUCGAAGAGCCUGCAGCCACAUUCAUGGAGAUUGGGUCAAUUCACGGCAGGCCUUACGUUGAAUGGGCUGGCGACCGCAACAAGGAUGCCUCAGCUGACUAUAGCGCCACGGAUAAGAAAGAUACCAACCCCGUUCCUUCUAGAUUCGGAGGUUAUUGCACCCAUGGUGCCGUUGUUUUUCCUACUUGGCACCGCCCAUAUGUCAUGCUUAUUGAGCAAUCUAUCGGAAAUGUCGCAGAACAAUUGGCUAACGACAUUGAAGCUAAUAACCCGAAUGAACGUGGAGUGUGGGUAAAGGCUGCCAAGGAAUUGCGCUUUCCCUACUGGGACUGGGCCGAAAAGGAAGUAGCUGAGAAUGGCCUUCCCCCUGUUCUGUAUGAAGACAAAGUGGAAAUCAUGGCUGCUGGAGGUAAAAAACAAAUCGUUAACAAUCCGCUCUCAUUUUUCUCCUACGUCGGGGGAAUCCCAUCCGACUUUACCGACGAGGUGGAUGACUCGACAGAUCAAGUGGCAUAUUUCUCCAAGUGGCAGAGGACGUACCGCUACGCUGCUAGUACUCCGGACCCUGAUGGCAGCCACAUAGACCUGUUACAAAAGACGUUCAAAGCCGGCGCAAAGGAUCUGAGACGCAGAGUUGCGCAUCUCUUUGUGUUCAAUGACGACGAAAAUCCCGCGUUGACUUGGGACGACUUUUCUAAUCACACCGCGGAGUCGAAACGAGAGAUGGACUUCGUUAACCAAGGGUCGCUUGAAGGUGUGCACGACACUGUUCAUAAUUUAAUUGGUGGAAACGGACAAAUGAGUUACCCAGACUACGCCGGUUACGAUCCUAUCUUUUACCUUCACCAUGCGAAUGUGGACAGACUCUUGGCUCUGUGGGAAUGGUGCUACACCGAGUACUGGAUGGAAAACGGAUAUGAACACGACGGGGAACAAUACCCUUGGACACAGGCACGCGGUACAUAUGCACAAGUUUACAACGAACAACUCCUUCCCGAUGGGCCACUCCAACCAUUCCGAACGGAACAAGGAGACUACUGGACCUCCUCUCAGGCUCGAUUUUUGCAUGAAGAAGCCUACCCGAAGUAUUAUUCGUACCCCGAAUUUGUGGGCAUUAAAGUCAAUCAAGCUGCCACAUCAUCCGAAGAGCGCGCCGCAGCACGCAAGAAGGUCGCAACCUACUACGGUUUUGAUCCGCAAACCAAGGCGAAACAGGUCACGUCGCACGCUUGGAAGCACUUACCUGUUCCAAACCAGGAUGAUCCUGCCGUGCCAGCUGACCAUACCGUUAUUCCUAACUACCGCACAUUCGUUGUGCACGUGAAGCUUCCAGAGUAUGCGUACAACCGCGCCUACUCAUUCCAGCUCCACCAUAAAGGGAAUGCUCAUUCGGCCCCGCAGCUCGUAGGUACCACCACAGUCUUCGCACGCCCAGACCAUUCCCCUUGUAAAGCAUGUGCUGUUCGUCGUGAGACGGGAUCCGUAGUUCGCGGGAUGAUUCCCAUUCCUUCCGAAUUGAUCGAGAGUAUCAUCAAAUCAAACAUGGGUAGUGAAUCGGCGGCUACGUUCGACAAAACGCUCGCUGACAUCAAGAAGGAAUUUGUGGGAAAGCUUGUGGAUACUACUGGCUCAGAACUUGCAGGGGCUGAAGGAGGGUUGGAGGCACCCUGUGUACCAAAACACCGUGCCGCUUCUCGCAGAGUUACUCCUGUGGAAAUUGCUCUGGUGUCGGUUGCUGUUGCUGAGCAUGCAGAAGACAAGGAUCGUCCUGUCUACCUACUUGACUGGCAGCACCAUGACAGUGUCUUCAGCGGUGGAUGGCUGGCGACUCACAGGGAUUCAGAGUGAUGCAGCAUGCUUGGAUGAGUCAACUCGAGCAUACCAUCCGCGCAAGAGGUGUUCUCAUCUGUGGAGUUUGGGGGUUACUGUUGUUGUUUGGUGGGUUCAGAAGGU